GUGAACGACACCAGUUUCCAGAACCUGACCCGCGAGGAGGCCGUGCAGUAUCUCAUGAGCCUGCCGCCGGGCGAGGAGAUGACGGUGUGGACUCAGAGCAAGCAGGACAUUUACAGGAAGAUGAUCUCGUCCAACGUGAGUGACUCAUUCUACAUCCGGACGCACUUUGACUACGAGAAGGACACACCGUCGGGGCUCAGCUUCGUCCGUGGGGACGUCUUCCACGUGCUGGACACCAUGUACCGGGGCAGGCUGGGGAGCUGGCUGGCCGUGCGCAUGGGCAGGGACCUGCAGGAGCAGGACAAGGGCAUCAUCCCCAACCAGAGCAGGGCCGAGCAGAUCGCCAGCCUGGAGUCGGUGCUAAAAGCCACGUCCGCUGGCAACCCCUCUGGGGCACGGGCUGAGUUUUGGAAGCUGCGGGGCCUGCGGGGAGCCAAGAAGAUGCUGCGGAAGAGCCGGGAGGACCUGUCUGCCCUCACAAAGCAGGGCCACUACCCGCCGUACGAGAAGGUCGUCCUGAAGGAAGCCAGCUUCAAGCGGCCGGUGGUGAUCCUGGGCCCCAUCGCAGACAUCGCUAUGCAGAAGCUGAGCACGGAGCUGCCCGAGCUGUUCGAGAUUGCCCCGAGCGUACCCCGAGAUGGGGCAUCGGCCAAGGUCAUCAAGUUGGACUCGGUGCGGCAGAUCGCAGAAAGGGACAAGCACGCCCUGUUGGACAUCACGCCCUCGGCUGUGGAGCGCCUCAACUACGUGCAGUACUACCCGGUGGUGGUGUUUUGUGAGCCCGAGAGCCGGCAGGGCAUCAAGGCCAUGCGGCAGUGGCUGGCGCCUGACUCCAGGAAGAGCUCCCGGCGCCUCUACGCCCAGGCCAGCAAGAUGAAGAAGUACUGCAGCCACCUCUUCACCUUUUUUUCCACCACCAGCCUCAGCGGCAGCAGCAACGCCUGGUACGAGGCCAUCAAGGGCAUCAUCCGGACGCAGCAGAGCCAGCCCAUCUGGACGUCGGCGGAGCAGGUACAGGGCACGGGGUCCCCGUGGCGAGG